CUGUCGGGGGCGCUCGGGCUCGCUGCCCAGGCUGGGCCGAGCCCUCGCGGAGCCCUAGAGGCGGACAGCCCAAGGGCCGGAGGCUCCUGGAAGGAGCUGCCUGUCGCCCCACGGAGCUGACAGGUGCCGGAGUUCGUUUGCGCCGCUCAGAAAUUGGCACGGAGCUUGGUGGAUCAUGUCUGGCACCAACAGCCCCGAGGCGGUUAAGAAGCUGCUGGAGAAUAUGCAGAGCGACUUGCGGGCCCUGUCCCUGGAAUGCAAGAAGAAAUUCCCACCUGUCAAGGAGGCUGCUGAAUCAGGAAUAAUAAAAGUUAAAACAAUAGCUGCACGAAACACCGAAAUUUUGGCAGCAUUGAAAGAGAACAGCUCAGAGGUUGUUCAGCCUUUUCUAAUGGGUUGUGGAACCAAGGAACCGAAGAUCACUCAGCUAUGUUUAGCCGCCAUUCAGAGGCUCAUGUCCCAUGAAGUUGUGUCUGAGACUGCAGCUGGAAAUAUAAUUAACAUGCUUUGGCAGCUAAUGGAAAAUAGUCUUGAAGAACUUAAGCUGCUUCAAACAGUUCUUGUUCUUUUAACAACCAAUACAGUAGUUCAUGACGAGGCACUCUCAAAGGCAAUUGUUCUUUGUUUUCGACUACACUUCACAAAAGAUAAUAUUACAAAUAAUACAGCUGCUGCUACAGUGCGACAAGUUGUUACUGUUGUUUUUGAGAGGAUGGUUGCUGAAGAUGAACGACACAGAGAUGUUGUAGAACCAGUACUAGUCCAAGGAAAUAGUAACAGAAGAUCUGUCAGUACCCUCAAACCUUGUGCUAAGGAUGCAUAUAUGCUUUUCCAGGACCUUUGUCAGUUGGUUAAUGCUGAUGCCCCUUACUGGCUAGUAGGCAUGACAGAAAUGACCCGAACAUUUGGCCUCGAAUUACUUGAGUCAGUCUUGAAUGAUUUUCCACAAGUCUUUUUACAACAUCAGGAAUUUAGUUUCCUCCUCAAAGAAAGGGUAUGUCCUCUUGUGAUAAAGCUCUUUUCUCCAAAUAUAAAGUUCAGACAAGGUUCCAGCACUUCAUCUUCUCCAGCACCAGUUGAAAAACCAUAUUUUCCUAUCUGCAUGCGUUUGCUGAGAGUAGUAUCUGUUCUGAUUAAGCAAUUUUACAGUCUUUUGGUAACUGAAUGUGAAAUAUUUCUGUCACUUCUGGUGAAAUUUCUGGAUGGAGAUAAACCACAGUGGCUACGAGCUGUUGCAGUGGAAUCAAUACACAGACUCUGUGUGCAGCCUCAGCUAUUGAGGUCAUUUUGUCAGUCCUAUGAUAUGAAACAGCAUUCUACCAAGGUUUUUCGUGAUAUUGUGAAUGCACUGGGAUCUUUUAUCCAGUCCUUGUUUCUUGUCCCUCCGACUGGAAAUCCUGCUACGACAAACCAAGCUGGAAGCAAUAAUUCAGGUGGCCCUGUCUCGGCACCAGCUAACUCAGGAAUGUUGGGGAUUGGUGGAGGUGUUACUUUGCUACCAGCAUUUGAAUAUAGGGGAACUUGGAUACCUAUUCUGACUGUAACAGUACAAGGCAGUGCUAAAGCAACCUACCUAGAGAUGUUGGACAAAGUUGAGCCCCCGACUAUACCAGAAGGUUAUGCUAUGUCCGUGGCAUUCCAUUGUUUGCUAGACCUUGUACGUGGAAUCACUAGUAUGAUUGAAGGAGAGUUAGGAGAAGUUGAAACAGAAUGUCAGACAACUACCACUGAAGCAGUUUCUUCACCAGCACAGUCAUCAGAACAGCAAGAAUUACAGUCAACAUCAGACCAAAUGGAUAAAGCAAUAGUUAGUAGAGCUGUUUGGGAAGAAAUGGUGAAUGCCUGCUGGUGUGGUCUGCUUGCUGCACUCUCACUCCUUCUUGAUGCCAGCACAGAUGAAGCUGCCACUGAGAAUAUUUUAAAAGCUGAACUGACUAUGGCUGCUCUUUGUGGAAGACUGGGCCUUGUAACUUCAAGAGAUGCCUUUAUAACUGCAAUAUGCAAAGGUUCCCUGCCUCCCCAUUAUGCUCUUACUGUAUUGAAUACCACCACUGCAGCCACACUUUCCAACAAAUCAUAUUCCAUUCAGGGCCAAAGUGUUAUGAUGAUCAGUCCAUCAAGUGAAUCUCACCAGCAAGUUGUGGCAGUGGGUCAACCGCUAGCAGUCCAGCCUCAAGGGACAGUAAUGCUAACUUCCAAAAAUAUCCAGUGUAUGAGGACUUUACUUAACUUGGCACACUGCCAUGGGGCUGUUCUUGGAACAUCAUGGCAACUUGUCUUGGCAACUCUACAGCAUCUAGUAUGGAUUCUGGGAUUAAAGCCUAGUAGUGGUGGUGCCUUGAAACCUGGGAGAGCUGUAGAAGGACCCAGUACAGUUCUAACAACAGCAGUGAUGACAGAUUUGCCAGUGAUUUCCAACAUACUUUCAAGAUUGUUUGAAAGCUCACAGUAUCUUGAUGACGUAUCAUUGCAUCAUUUAAUAAAUGCACUUUGUUCCUUAUCCCUAGAAGCAAUGGAUAUGGCCUAUGGAAAUAAUAAGGAACCAUCUCUUUUUGCUGUUGCCAAAUUGUUAGAAACUGGUCUAGUUAACAUGCACCGAAUAGAAAUUCUAUGGAGACCUCUAACUGGCCAUCUACUUGAGGUGUGCCAGCAUCCAAACUCUCGAAUGAGAGAAUGGGGAGCAGAAGCUUUAACUUCACUUAUUAAAGCGGGACUAACAUUUAACCAUGAUCCUCCACUUUCACAAAACCAGAGGCUGCAGUUGCUUUUACUGAACCCAUUAAAGGAGAUGUCCAGUGUUAACCAUCCAGAUAUCCGACUCAAGCAAUUAGAAUGUGUGUUGCAGAUUCUGCAGAGUCAGGGAGACAGUCUUGGGCCUGGAUGGCCGUUAGUGCUUGGAGUUAUGGGAGCAAUCAGAAAUGAUCAAGGAGAAUCCUUGAUACGAACUGCAUUCCAGUGUCUUCAGUUGGUUGUGACAGAUUUUCUACCAACAAUGCCUUGCACUUGCCUGCAGAUAGUUGUAGAUGUUGCAGGUAGCUUUGGACUUCAUAACCAAGAACUUAAUAUUAGUUUAACUUCAAUAGGUUUAUUGUGGAAUAUUUCAGAUUAUUUUUUCCAAAGAGGAGAAACUAUUGAAAAAGAAUUAAAUAACGAAGAAGCAGCACAGCAAAAGCAGGCAGAAGAAAAAGGAGUGGUUUUAAAUCGGCCGUUCCACCCUGCACCACCGUUUGAUUGUUUGUGGUUGUGUCUUUAUGCAAAAUUGGGUGAACUAUGUGUGGACCCCCGUCCUGCUGUCAGGAAGAGUGCAGGGCAAACUCUAUUUUCGACAAUUGGUGCACAUGGAACUUUAUUACAACCCUCAACGUGGCACACUGUUAUUUGGAAGGUUCUCUUUCAUCUAUUGGACCGAGUUCGAGAGUCUUCUACCACUGCAGACAAAGAAAAGAUUGAGUCCGGAGGUGGCAAUAUUCUCAUUCAUCAUUCAAGGGACACAGCAGAGAAGCAAUGGGCUGAGACAUGGGUUUUAACAUUGGCCGGAGUAGCAAGAAUCUUCAACACUAGAAGAUAUUUACUGCAACCUUUAGGAGAUUUUUCAAGAGCAUGGGAUGUUCUUCUUGACCAUAUACAAUCAGCAGCACUCAGCAAAAACAAUGAAGUAUCUCUGGCUGCGCUGAAAAGCUUCCAGGAAAUUUUACAGAUUGUGACCCCUGUCAGAGACUCAGAUAAGCCUGAGACACCACCUGCAGUUAAUGUCCCUGUGCCUGUCCUUUUAGGGUCCAUAUCAGGCCCUGGCCUGAACAGGCCAUUUGUAAGAACAGAUUCCAUUGGAGAAAGACUUGGAAGAUAUAGCAGCUCUGAGCCACCCGUAGUUACUGAUGAGCUUGAAGAUUUGAAUCUCUGGUGGGCUGCAUGGAAUACCUGGUAUAGAGUUGGAUCUGAAAGCACUAAGCCUCCUAUUACUUUUGAUAAACUAACUUUCAUUCCCAGCCAGCCUUUUCUUACAGCUUUAAUUCAAAUAUUUCCAGCUCUUUACCAACACAUAAAAACUGGUUUCAACAUGGAUGAUUUGCAAAAGUUGGGAGUCAUACUACACAGUGCCGUUUCAGUCCCAAUAAGUUCAGAUGCAUCCCCUUUCAUUCUUCCAUCUUACACUGAAGCAGUUUUGACAAGUUUACAGGAAGCUGUACUUACAGCUCUAGAUGUUCUCCAAAAGGCCAUCUGUAUAGGACCGGAAAACAUGCAGAUAAUGUAUCCAGCUAUAUUUGACCAGUUAUUGGCAUUUGUAGAAUUUUCCUGUAAACCUCCACAGUAUGGACAGCUAGAAACAAAACACAUUGCAAAUGCAAAGUAUAAUCAGAUCCAACUAUUUGCACCGGCGGAAUGGGUAGCCUUGAAUUAUGUACCAUUUGCUGAAAGGUCUUUAGAAGUAGUUGUGGAUUUAUACCAAAAAACAGCCUGUCACAAAGCAGUGGUGAAUGAGAAAGUACUCCAGAAUAUUAUUAAGACUCUUAGGGUUCCUCUCAGUUUGAAGUAUUCCUGCCCUUCCGAAAGCACAUGGAAACUAGCAGUAUCUUCUCUCCUCAAAGUUCUUUCUAUUGGGCUACCUGUUGCCCGGCAGCAUGCUUCUUCUGGAAAAUUUGACAGUAUGUGGCCAGAACUAGCCAACACUUUUGAAGACUUUCUCUUUACUAAAAGCAUACCUCCAGAUAACCUCUCUAUUCAAGAAUUUCAAAGAAAUGAAAGUAUUGAUGUUGAGGUAGUUCAGCUUAUCAGCACUGAGAUACUACCUUAUGCCAAUUUUAUUCCUAAGGAAUUUGUUGGUCAGAUAAUGACUAUGCUUAAUAAGGGAUCAAUACAUUCUCAGUCAUCUUCAUUUACAGAAGCAGAGAUUGAUAUUCGUUUGAGAGAAGAAUUUUCUAAAAUGUGUUUUGAAACACUGCUCCAGUUUUCCUUCAGCAAUAAAGUCACAACACCUCAAGAAGGCUACAUCUCACGGAUGGCACUCUCAGUGCUUCUAAAGAGGUCUCAAGAUGUACUACAUCGUUAUAUAGAGGAUGAAAGACUAAGUGGUAAAUGCCCUCUUCCAAGGCAACAAGUAACAGAAAUCAUAUUUGUCUUAAAAGCAGUCAGUACUCUCAUUGAUUCACUUAAGAAAACUCAGCCUGAGAAUGUUGAUGGAAAUACCUGGGCACAAGUAAUUGCCUUAUACCCAACUUUAGUAGAAUGCAUCACCUGCUCAUCUUCAGAAGUCUGCUCUGCACUUAAAGAGGCACUAGUUCCUUUUAAGGAUUUCAUGCAACCACCAGCAUCCAAAGUUCAAAAUGGAGAAUCUUGACCAGCUACAAUAAAUCUUAAGAAGAAUGAUAUACAAAAAUGUUUGCUCCUCAGUGAAUUUUCUGUGAGAAGGACGUUUCUUACUACAAAUAAUUCUUGGCAGCUGUUGUUAGCCUCCUUUAAAUUGUACUUACCUGAGUUAAGUAAUUCAUAUUACAAGCUUACAUGUCAACAAAGGUUCCUGAAUGAGUAGCAGUGCAAGCCUUUAAUAAAUUAAACUGAUGGGAGAGAUAGUUAAUACUACAGCAUACCUGCUACCAUAUCUUCAGUUGGUGAUUUAAAAGUAAGCUUAUGUACAGUUUGUGGUGUAUGUGUUAAUGAUGUACUUUUUAAAAAGAAAGAAAAGAUAUUUCAUUUUGUCAGAUUUAUUAGGCUGGUGUUUUUGCACCCCUUUUCUAGUACAAAAUUGUACUAAAAUUUUAUGCAAGAUGGUACUGUAACAUUCCAUAUUGUCUAUAACCAGCCUUUGUAAACAAAGGGAACUGAUAUACUUGUGUGUAUAAUAAAUGGUACAGUUCUGUAUAAAA